AAACUAUUUUCCACUGCAAUAUAUUACCGAGGCAAAGUGUGACAAAUGUGUUGGUGCUGCUGCUGAUGGUGAUGACUGGUCGUGGUCAGCCCUCUCCCUGUCAAGCGAUGUUGUGCGUCAGUGAGCAGUGUUGAUAAGCUAUGAAGUCCAGCAGUGUUGUCAGGUACCCAGUCCCAGGUGUGACCUUACACCGGGUUGGAUCAGGUUUAAGGUCACAAGGGGAUGGGGAGGAGCAGGCAUCACCAAACACACAAGCCUCCUCUGAGACCACAAAAUCCCUCGUGCAAGCAUCACCAAAACCCCUGAAAGGCUCGAGGGAGGCAAGGCGUGAGAAGGAAAAGAUGAAAGAGGAGAAGGAAAAGGAAGAGGACAAGUGCACCAAGCUGGACCAUCUUCCUUCCAUGAUCCAGGAUGAAGGAGGCAGCAUGAGAGCCAAUAAACCAGUCCAGAACAACUUACCUGAGAUCAUUGAAAUAGCCAGUAAGCUCACCAAAGUCUCCAUCAUGUCCUCCCCUGACUCCCAGCUGCUCAAUGCUGCACCGAAGGAUUUGGAUGCAAAGAAGAAGAUCCUGCUGAUACCUAAGGCUACUUCUUCCCUAGGCAGCACCCGAACACCAGCAGCAGGAGCCAGGUCAAGAGGAAAGAGAGACCCCAGAUUUGUUCCAUUUGAGCCGUAUAAGGGAUGUGUCAAACCAAUCCAGCUGAGGAAGAAGAAGAAGAAGAAGAUAGGUUGUAAACGCAAGGGGAGUGAGAGGAUGGAGGUGGAAGGAGAGGGAGAAAAGGGGCCAAUGAAAGCUGGAGCAGGAAGUCAGGCUGUGAUGAAAGAUGCUGAGUUGAAGAAUGCUGAAAAGCUGAGUAUCUUGGUGAGGGAUUUUGAGAAGGAGCGUGCAUCAUGGGAGGAGAGGCUCACCUCCCUCUCUGCUGACAGAAAGACCCUGGAGGAGCAGCUCACCUCUCUGAAGAAGGAGAGAGGGAAUCUGGAGAGUCAGCUCAAUGUGCAGUCACAGGUCAAUACUGAGCUGAAGAGGCUGCUGGUGGCAUCAGUGGGGGAGGAGGUGCAGGGACGGGUACAGUGCCUGACAGAGGACAAGGCACGCAUGGCCUCUAUGAUCCGCCACUACUCAGAGAAGGUGGACCGUGACUAUGAGGAGAAGGAGCGCAUUGGCAUACAGUGUGAUGUGUGGAGGUCAAAAUUUCUGGCAAGCAGCAUGAUGGUGGACGAGCUGGUGGGGAUGCGUGUGACUCUCUCCCGCAAGCUGGAGGAGGCGGAGGAGGCCCUGAAGGUGUUGCUGGCUGAACACGACCUAGCACGCCAGCACACCCUCAACAUGUACAGGAUGAAUAAACAGCUACGUGAGGCCUUUGACCCCAUGGCAGCCCAGAGUGGUGGCCUGCCUCCUCUGCCCUCUGCUGACCUGGUCACCUUGGCAGUGGAGGGGGAUGUGCUGGCUGAGACUGUGAGGGACCGCCUGCUUGGGGAAUUAGGACGCUCAGUUGGGUGCAGCCUUCCCCUUGCUGGGCUGGAGACCUUCACCCCAGGCCAGAAGAUUGCUACACAGUUGAUGCAUCAGCUAGAGGGUCUGCAUGGCUCUGCUGGUGUUGGGACUGGUGGUGGUGGUGGCAGCAGUGGUGGGAGCGGGGGCGAGUGCAGCACUGUGUGUCCUGGCCGUUCUGCCCUCCUCCACCGCUACCACCCCAACACUCGCUAUGAACACCUCACUGUUAAUUGUUGUGCACACUGCAAUGGGGAGAUCAAAGUGGUAUGAGUGUGUGUGUGUGUCAGUAGCAAGAUAUAUCGUGAGGCAAAGAUUUCAUUGUGUUACUUAAAAUCUUUCACAUAAUAUUUGGAUGAAAAUGUUAGUAGUAUUUGGAUGGUGGUUAUGCAAUUCUUAGUCGUCUUGGUUUGAAUCUUAAUUGUUCACUUUACACUGGUACAUUCCUGCUUACAAUGAUGUAUAAGUGAUCUUUUGGAAUGGUUCUACUUAAAAAUUGAAAUAUGUACUACUUAUACAGUCAGGUGGUUUGAUGUGUAUAAUUUAUAUGGAUGAGAUAAGAAGUACAGAUUUUAUAUGAGGUGGCAAUGUAGGGAAUGAAUAACCUUAUUGCUCAUCAUCAGUCUCUAUCUGCUCUUAGAAUACUGACAGAGAUGCAGAAGGAUUAGCAGGGGAGAAAAAAGUCAGUUAAAAUUAAAAUUAAGUGAAGAAAGUGGUUAGGAUGCAAGAAUAGCACUAUCUAUUAGUUCCACAAACCAGAUAACAGAGCCUUGGGGCUUUGGAGCGCUAUUGAAAACCAGGUUGGUACAAUACGCAGGGUUGUGUUGGCCGUUAUUGUGAGUCUUUGUGAUGAUUGAUUGGCUCUGGACCAGUGAUCCUAGGUAGUGAUCCUUUCAUCUUUGUUGUAUUGAGGUGGGAGAUUGGUAGAAUUAGUCAGUUUCCUUGAUAAUUGUGUUGAUAAAUAGACUGAGGGUUGUGAUGAUAAAGUUGAUAAUAUUAUAUAGAAGUUAUGAUGUUGGCUGAUUUUGGUAAUGGAUAUGGGAGGACAAGAGAGAGAGAGAGAGAGAGAGAGAGAGAGAGAGAGAGAGAGAGAGAGAGAGAGAGAGAGAGAGAGAGA